AGAAUCCUAAAGAUGGUCCAAUGGGCAUGGUCUGAAGCCUCUCGUCAUCUCAGUAUGUUGAACCGCCUGAUUUCUUGCAGGCUUGAGAUUCAGAUCCUGCUGAACGAUGUUAAGCAUUCGAUUAAKCACAUGCAGGGGACGCUGAACACCAUGCAGGGGCAGUGUAUUGAGUUGCAGACUGCCAUGUCUAAGAUCAUCACAGCAGCCAAAGUUGCUGUGCAGAGGGAGGAGAUCCUCCGAGCAUCAGGCCUCAUCCCGUCACAGAGGGAGGGUAUCCUCCAAACAGCCAGUGUCCCUGCACAGACGGAGGGUAUCCUCCAAACAGCCAGUGUCCUUGCACAGAGGGAGGGGAUCCUCCAAACAGCCAGUGUCCCUGUACAGAGGGAGGAUAUUCUCUCAGCAGCUAGCAUCACUGCACAGAGGGAGGAGAUCCUCCGAGCAUCAGGCCUCAUCCCGUCACAGAGGGAGGGAUUUCUCUCUGCAGCUAGCAUCACUGCGCAGAGGGAGGAGAUCCUCCGAGCAUCAUUCCUCAUCCCGUCACAGAGGGAGGUGAUUCUUCCAGCAUCUUCUAUCACUGCGCAGAAGAAGAAGAUCCUCAGAGCAUCAGGCCUCAUCCCUGCACAAAAGGAGUUGAUCCUCCUGAUGGCCAGUGUCACUGCGUAGAGGAAGGGAAUCGUCCCAAUGGCCAGCGUCCCUGCGCACAGGGAGGGGAUUGUCCCAAAGGUUAGUGUCCCUGCUGAGAGGGAGGAGAUCCUCCAAGCAUCAGGCCUCACCCCUACACAGAGGGAGGGGAUCCUCCAAACAGCCAGUGUCCCUGCACAGAGGGAGGGGAUUCUCCCAGCAGCUAGCAUCACUGCGCAGAGGAGGAGAUCCUCCGAGCAUCAGGCCUCAUCCU